UUUUCACCGUAGUACUACAGCAGCAGCAGUACUGUCAGCAAAAACCAAUCUUUUAGGUAUGAAAAACUUAAAGUUGACCUGCGAUGUUCCUACACGCUGGAACUCUGCCGCUGACAUGUUGGAACGGUACCUCAAGUUGCAGCCUGCUGUUUAUGCAACACUUUUGUCACCAGAAAUAAGUCGCCACAUAGACCAUGAGACAAGCAUGUUGAAUGAAGCAGACACAAAACUGGCAGAGGACAUAGUGAAAUGCCUGUAUCCGUUGAAGGCAAUAACAGAAGCAGUCUGCACAGAGAGUAUGCCAACAGUUUCAGCUAUCAUUCCGCUCAUACAGAAAGUCCAACAGAAUAUGGCAUUGAUAGGCACAGACUCCCCUAUGUCACGAUCUAUCAAGGAGGCCGUCCUAAGUGACUUGAACACUAGGUACACCAGUGAGGAGCUUCAGAAUUUCCUGUCUGAGUGCACUCUUCUGGAUCCACGUUUCAAGACCACUUACUUGACACCAGAGGCUAUGGAGAACACCUACCAUCGCUUGGCGCUGUUGUUACAAUCUGGGGAUGGAAAGGUACACGUUCAAGCUGACACCCAGGCUCCUACCCCUGGACAACAUAUUCCUCCACAUCCUGUGCUUCCCGAGAGGCCAAAUACCAGCCAAUCACCAUCUCCUACUGAGACAUCUGAUGAAGAGAAUGCAGCCAAAUGUCAGCGGUCCUCAGACUCCUCAAAGAAAGUUGGUCUUGCAGCUAUAUUUGACUUUGAGAAUGUUGAAGAGGCCACAGCCGCCAAGCCCAUGUCCUUGCAGGAGAAAAUCGAAGAAGAAAUAAAACAAUAUAAGCUAAUGAAUCAGAUAAGCAUAGAAAGCAACGCAUUAGACUGGUGGAAGAAAAACUGUAUCCAGUUCCCAUUACUUGCCUCUGUCGCAAAACAACGCCUGUGCAUACCAGCAACAUCUGUGCCAGCUGAACGCGUGUUCAGCUCAGCCGGUGAUAUUGUAACUGCCCAAAGGGCGUCCUUGGCUCCAGAAUUGGUUGACAUGUUGUUAUUUUGUAAAAAGAACUGUGAUUUGUGAUAAUUUCUGUCCAUUUUCUUAGGUUAUGUGAUGAUAACAUAUGGACAGUUUAAAGUUAAAUCAUCAUUGUUCUUCAUUAUAAUUUAUAGCGUUAUCUUAACAUUCUA